UCUAUUAAACUCAACUCAUUUUACACAAUGAGGGACUUUGUAAUGAACUGCAUCUCGAAGAGAGGAGCAAUCGAUGCGAGACUGAUUGUGAUGGAAAUUGUCUUAGGGAUGGAAGGAAACGAAGAGAGUAGCUCUGAAGGUGGGAUGUCAACACAACCGCACCAUCCCCAACAGGCGUCGCUACCGCCGCCAUCAAUGCUUCAAGAGGAACAACAUUUACAACACGAACCGUAUGAUGCCAACACCAAUAUCCCUACCACUUGUGCCCAGUCUACUAACCCCCAAAUGUCUGGGCUCUUCAGCAUUCGUAGAGCUGUUGGUCUAUCACGCACUAAUCUUCCCUUUCCAGCAAGGAAGCGAUUAUUCAGCUGGCUAGUAGACCAUCUACGAGAACCCUAUCCUUCGGAGGAGGAGAAAAUGAUGCUUGCGAUGGAGACUGGGCUCUCACGAACCACUGUCAAUAAUUGGUUUAUCAACGCGCGUCGACGCUAUGUUAAACCACUGAUGCAGGGUAGACUUGUUCUCCAAUCAGGUGUAUUUAAAACCGUCUCAGGGGAUGGCGCGCCUGCUGCCAAAUCGCCGAAUUCACCAACUCAAUCAUCUGGAGUUCCCAUUGCCGCUUCUGGAGGGUCGUCAUCUUCAAAUUUCCAUAACUCCGACACCGCAGCGAGUCAGUUUCCUUCCCAGUUCGCUGCGGCUUCAAGGCUAAGCCUGCAUCAGGAUGGCGUCUUUCCAGCUCCACCGCCACCACCGCCACCACCACCACCACCGCACAUAGGGGGAGUGAGCAGUAGUUCUGCGCUGUCAGCAAUGGCAGCGGCCGCUGUGGCAUUCGCUGGAGGCCCUCGUUCCUUCGUGGAUAAUGGGGGAGAUCUUAAACUCACCUCUUCACGUCCUGCCCACUUGCCAUGGCAAGGGAUUCCAGGUCUGGACAUGGGCAGCCCUAAGCGCUGUCGCAGAACCUCUGAUCUUUCUUCGUCAUCCUCACCCGCGGAACCAACGCCAAGGUAUCCGCAGAAGUCUGCUGGCCAUGAAAAACCACCCCUCAAGGGAGAGGUCUCCUGUGAAUAG